AUGCGUUCUUUCCAGCCUGCCAUCUUAUCUGCCUCGCUCGGACGAGCAUGGCUCCACGAGUUCGCCAACAAGGCCAAACAGGCCUCAGAGCAUGGCUUCCAAGGCAUUGAAAUCUUCUACGAAGAUCUUGAAUAUGAAGCAAAAAGACUGCACAGUGUGGAAACUCCCAGCAAUGACCAGAUUCUUGAUGCAGCAUCGCAUAUUCGAGAGUUGCUAGAUGGUCUGAAGCUUACAGUCAUUGGUCUCCAGCCAUUCUUAUUCUAUGAGGGUCUGAAGGACCGUGAGCAACAUGCUCGGCUUAUCGAGAAGAUCAAAUUAUGGUUCAAGAUCGCCAAGAUUUUGGGCACAAACACGAUUCAGAUUCCUGCAAACUUCCUUCCGGCUGAUCAGUUGACGGGAGACAUGGAUGUCAUAGUGGGAGAUCUGGUCGAACUAGCUGAUCUGGGCAUCAAGGAGGAUCCUCCGAUUCGCUUUGCGUAUGAGGCUUUGUGUUGGAGUACUCACGUCGACACGUGGGAGAAGUCCUGGGAAGUGGCCCAGAAGGUCGAUAGACCCAAUUUUGGCCUCUGCCUCGACACAUUCAACAUCGCCGGUCGUGUCUGGGGCGACCCAGCCUCUCCAACUGGCAAGACACCUAACGCCGAUGAAGAUCUCAAAGAGUCCCUAGAAAGACUUGUGAAAGAGGUCACUCUGGACAAGGUGUUCUACAUCCAAGUCGUCGAUGCUGAAAGGAUGGAAACUCCACUUGUCAAAGGACAUCCCUUCCAUGUUGAUGGAAACCCGGCUAGGAUGAACUGGUCUCGAAACGCUAGAGCCUAUAUGUAUGAGACUGACCGAGGGGCUUAUCUCCCUGUUGAGGAUAUUGCCAAGGUGUUGAUUCACGAUAUGGGGUAUAAAGGAUAUGUCUCGAUGGAGUUGUUUUCACGAACUAUGGCUGAGGAGGGAGAGGAUGUACCGAAACAGCACGCAGAGAGGGGUAUUGCAGCUUGGAAGAAGUUUGUUGAGAGGUUGAGGCUGAACGACAUCUAG